AUGGUGAAGGGUCCAGGCCUCUAUCCUGAAAUUGGAAAGAAAGCGAGAGAUCUUCUUUAUAGAGACUACCAGGGUGACCAUAAAUUCACUCUCACUACAUACACCUCAAAUGGAGUGGCCAUUACUUCUUCUGGGACCAAGAAAGGUGGGUUGCUUUUAGCAGAUAUUAACACUCAGCUGAAGCACGACAAUAUCACAGCUGAUGUAAAAGUAGAUACCAAUUCCAAAGUUCACACUACCAUAACUGUGGAUGAAGCUGCUCCAGGAGUGAAGGCUAUUUUUAGCUUCAUCGCUCCUGAUCAAAACUCUGGCAAGGUAGAGCUUCAAUAUUUGCACGAGUAUGCGGGAAUAAGUACUAGCCUUGGGCUAACUGCAAAACCCAUUGUCAACUUCUCUGGUGUUGCUGGGAGCAAUCAGGCUGCCUUUGGGACUGAUAUCUCGUUUGACACCUCUACUGGGAACUUCACCAGAUGCAAUGCUGGAGUAAAUUUCACCACCUCCGACCUGAUUGCGUCCUUGACGUUAAAUAACAAAGGCGAAUCGCUCACUGCAUCCUACUUCCACAUGGUAAGCCCAAUGACCAAUACUGCAGUUGGAGCCGAGUUGACACACUGCUUUUCGAGCAAUGAAAACAGCCUCACCAUUGGGACACAACAUUUGUUGGAUCCUUUAACCGCAGUGAAAGCUCGAGUAAACAACUACGGGAAGGUAAGUGCUCUUAUACAGCAUCAAUGGCGACCAAAAUCCCUCGUUACGAUCUCAGGCGAAGUGGACACGAGGGCAAUUGAAAAAAGUGCCCAGGUUGGAUUGGCUGUUGCUCUCAAGCCAUGA